AGCAUUGACUCAUUCGCCAUUUUUAUUUUUUUCCAUUUGUCUUUUUUGGGUGUUGCUGCAGACGAAAACUUAAAAAAUCGCUAAAAAUGGAAAUGUCUUUAAAUCCUGUGCGCGUGCUUAAGAGCGAGGCGCAAGAAGAAAAGGCUGAAAUGGCUCGCCUGUCAUCUUUUAUAGGAGCUAUUGCUAUCGGUGAUCUUGUAAAAAGCACUUUGGGACCAAAAGGUAUGGACAAGAUUUUGGUAGCGCAUGGUCGCAAUGCUGGCCAAGUUGAAGUUACAAAUGAUGGUGCCACGAUAUUACGCGCUGUGGGAGUAGAUAAUCCAGCUGCUAAAAUAUUGGUAGACAUGUCGCGUGUGCAAGACCAAGAAGUUGGAGAUGGUACUACUUCAGUUACCGUGCUUGCUGCUGAGCUUUUACGGGAAGCCGAAAAAUUAGUGGAACAAAAAUUGCACCCACAAAUUAUCAUUGCCGGUUGGCGUUUGGCUACCCAGGUGGCACGUGAAGCUCUUACACAAGCUUCUCAAGACAAUUCAGCCAAUGAUGUCAAGUUUAAAGAAGAUCUACUAAAUAUUGCGCGGACAACAUUAUCGUCAAAAAUUUUACAUCAACAUAAAGAGUUUUUUUCAAAAUUAGCUGUGGACGCGGUUCUGCGACUUAAAGGCUCUGGAGAAUUGCAUGCAAUUCAAAUAAUAAAGAAGACCGGCGGCACAUUGGAUGACUCAUUUUUAGAUGAUGGUUUUCUAUUAGACAAAAAACCAGGAGUACAUCAACCACAACGAAUUGAAAAGGCGAAAAUUCUAAUUGCGAAUACACCUAUGGACACUGAUAAGAUCAAAGUAUUCGGAAGUACUAUCAAGGUAGACUCUUUGGCGAAAAUUGCCGAUUUGGAAUUGGCCGAAAAAGAGAAGAUGAAGGAUAAGGUGCAGAAAAUCUUGAACCACAAUUGUAACGUGUUCAUUAAUCGUCAACUUAUUUACAACUACCCUGAGCAAUUGUUUGCGGAUGCCGGCGUUAUGGCUAUUGAGCAUGCUGAUUUCGAUGGAAUCGAACGUUUAGCUCUUGUUACUGGUGGUGAAAUCGUUUCCACUUUUGACAACCCUUCGCUGGUCAAAUUAGGUGAAUGCGACGUCAUCGAACAGGUAAUGAUUGGUGAGGACACACUUUUGCGUUUUAGUGGAGUGAAAUUGGGCGAAGCUUGUACAGUUGUGAUACGUGGUGCAACGCAACAAAUCAUCGAUGAAGCUGAUCGGUCAUUGCAUGAUGCCCUAUGUGUUCUAGCUGCUACUGUAAAGGAAUCGCGCAUUGUAUAUGGUGGCGGUUGUUCAGAAGCUCUAAUGGCUAAUGCCGUUUUCAAAAAGGCUGGAGAAACCCCAGGAAAAGAAGCAAUUGCAAUGGAAGCAUUUGCCAGAGCUUUGUUGGCCCUGCCAACAGCUAUUGCCGACAAUGCCGGUUAUGAUUCAGCACAACUGGUAUCAGAAUUACGUGCUGCCCACGCACAAGGUAAAUCAGCCAUUGGCUUGGAUAUGGAAAAGGGUAAAGUAGGUGAUAUGAAAGAACUGGGAAUUACAGAGUCUUUCGCUGUUAAACGUCAGGUAUUAAUGUCCGCAUCAGAGGCAGCUGAAAUGAUAUUACGCGUGGACGAUAUCAUAAGAUGUGCCCCAAGACGGCGUGUUCCUGACCGUGGUUACUGUUAGAUUAAGUUUUUUAUUAUUGUAUUAAAAUACUUGCUUAAGCAAAGUAAAACUAUGUACUCCUUAUCUGUUCAAAUUAUUUCAUUCUACAAACAAAGCGUAAAAAAAAUUAUUAAUAUCUGUCCCCAAUGCUGUCCGCUCUAAUCCAUUCUCCAGAAAUUCGAAACAUUGUACAGUUGACAGCUCUUGUUUCCGCACUUGUAUCUCACUAUAUUAAAAAUACUGAUUUUUAAAAUAAAUCUGUUA